AUGGACAAGGACCGGCACAUCACCGGCCCAGAGAAUGCCCAGGAGGCUGUGUUGGCCCUCCCGACAAAGAAAGGCACCGGCAAAUCGAGCAAAUCGAGCUGCAUCGCGCCGGAGUCGAAGCUGCAUCGGAAGAGGUCCAAGGUCACUGUCCUCAAAGGUCUCCUCCCGGGCGAGGACUCUGUGCGAGUUGCGGCCGAGCACGCGCUGAAGCAUUUCGGGAGCUCCGCCGACGAGCCCAUUCAGCUCAUAGAUCUUGGCAACGUUGUAAGCCAGAUCCAGCUGUGGCAGAAGCACCUGCCCAAUGUGCGGCCCCACUAUGCCGUGAAGUGCUGCCCCAACAAGCAGAUCAUCAAGCAGCUCCGAGAUGGAGGUUGCGGCUUUGACUGCGCAACGAUGCAGGAGAUCAGUACAGUUUUGGAGCUGGGUGUCAGCCCUGCUGACAUUGUGUACUCUCAUCCAUGCAAGCCACGAUCGCACAUUGCCUUUGCCAAGUCCCAAGGCAUCAGCCUGAUGUCUUUUGACAACGACGUGGAGCUGCGGAAGGUGGCAGCCGUUUAUCCUGAGGCGCAGCUGCUGCUCCGUGUGGUGUGCGAGGACUCCUCGGCACAGUGCCCGAUGUCGCUGAAAUUCGGGGCCAAGCGGGACAACUGGUCGGCGCUUUUGGACAUCAUCCAGGAGCUUCAGCUCAACCUUGCUGGGGUGUCUUUCCACGUGGGUUCUGGCUGCAAGGACCCGGAGACUUUCGAGCCGGCCCUCCAGGAUGCCCGAGAGGUCUUCCGCAUGGCUUCUGAACGCGGGAUGAAGGAUUUGCGGGUGCUGGACAUCGGUGGGGGCUACCCAGGUGAUCGGGCAGGCUAUGAAGCGAUUGCCCCUGUCAUUGCAGAGAAGCUGGCAAGGCUGUUUCCUGAAUGCGAGUUCCCAGAGCUGAUGCGCAUCGCGGAGCCCGGCCGUUUCUUUGCGGCCAACAGCGGCCACCUGCUCACGAAGGUCUAUGCCAAAGCCAAGCUGCCGGCGACCGAUGGAAGUGGAGAGCAGGUCUGUCGCUAUUACUUGAACGACGGGCUGUAUGGCUCCUUUAACUGCAUCAUCUACGACCACGUCUCCGUCUGCCCUGAGCCGAUGCGCCGUGUUGACUCUCCGGAGGUGCCCUGUGCCCUCUUCGGUCCGACCUGUGACGGCUGGGGGCCAAAUGUUCUCGACAUCUGUGUACAGGGCGCUUGA